AUGGUUUUCGAGAGCAUUGUAGCAGAUAUCUUAAAUAGAUAUCUUGGAGAUUAUGUUGAGAAUUUAGAUCGUGGGCAGUUGAAGAUCGGAAUUUGGGGAGGUGAUGUUGUUCUUAAAAAUUUAGUUUUGAAGCAAAGUGCAUUAAAAGAACUUGAUCUACCAGUACAAACAACAUAUGGUCAUUUGGGAAGUUUAGUAUUGAAGAUACCAUGGAAGAAUUUGUACUCAGCACCAGUUGAAGCGUAUAUAGACAGAUUGUAUCUAUUGGCUGUUCCCAACAAUUCUGUUCAGUACAAUGGUGAAAGAGAGGAAAAAGCCACUUAUGAGGCGAAAAAAGCUGAGCUGGAAAGAAUUCAAAUUGCUAAAAAGCUCGAGAGUGAAAAGAAUAAACCAAAAGAAGAUAAAACCUUUGCAGAAAAACUUUCAGCACAAAUAAUAAAUAAUGUUCAGAUCAAAAUUUCUGAUAUUCACAUUCGUUAUGAAGAUAAUAUUUCUUGCGCAAAUCCUUUUGCGAUUGGAAUUACUCUCAGUAAUUUUAGCGUUCAUACCACUGAUUUCGAAUGGAAUAAAACGUUAAUAUCACAAUCGAUGUCCGAAAUAUUUAAAGUGGCGCAAUUGGAGUCACUUGCUGUUUAUAUGAAUUGUGACUGUAAGCUGUUUCAAGAGUAUAGUCAAGAUAACUAUUUGGUCAUGUUUAGAGAGUCAAUUGCGACAAAAGCAAUGAAACCCAGCGACUAUGACUUUAUUUUGGGACCAAUUAAUUCUGAAGCAAAGCUCAAAUUGAAUCCUGAUCCUGAAAGCAACGAAAUCCCUUUUACUAUUCCAAAAAUAAUAUUGAAUUUAACAAUGGAAACUCUAAGAAUUGGUUUGACAAAAUCUCAAUAUCAGGAUGUGAUGCAAUUAAUUGAACAAUUCGGCAGGAUGUCUAGAGCGUAUCCAUAUAGAAAAUUUCGUCCACAUGGAAUCACCUACAAAGGACAUUUUAAGGAAUGGUGGCAUUUUGCAUUCAGAUGUAUUUUGGAAACCGACAUUCAACGACGAAAACUUAAUUGGUCAUGGGAAAACAUGAAAGAGACUCGUAAUUUAUGUAGAUCAUAUGCAGAACUUUAUAAACAGAAGUUGACUACAAAAAAACCUUCUCAACAAUUGCUAGAUCAAAUUGACAACUGCGAAAAGAGACUAAAUUUACAAAAUUUGGUAGUAAUACGUCAACAAAUUGAGUUUGAAGUCGAAAAAAUGACAAAAGAAAAGGCAGUCGAAGAGUCUAAAGGUUGGUUUAGUAAUUGGUGGGGAGGAAAAAAGGAUGAAUCGAAAGACGCUGAUUCUGAUGAUAUUAAAAAGAAAUUCCAAGCGGCUAUGACACAGCAAGAGAAGGACAAAUUAUUCAAGGCAAUUGGAUAUCAAGAAAAUUCAGUUCCAAUUGAACUACCUGAAACUUUUGUUGCGAUUCGGUUACAUUUUAUACUAAAUUGCUUGGAAGUAUCUAUUAAAUCGGAUAUCGACAGUUCAAUUGAAAAUGUAAUGCUUUUACAAUUGAAUCAAGUAAAAUGUUCAGUUAGUCAACGUCCAUCUGCACAAUCAAUUAAAUUAAAUUUGAAUAUGAAGGAAUUGCAAGUCUUCGGAUUACAACAAAAACAAUACCUUCCCGUACUAGUUCAAUCACAAAUAGAAUCAAAAGAUUCAUUACUUGACGUUAUGUUUGAAAGCAAUCCUUUAGAUAACAGUUGUGAUCAACGAAUUAAGGUUCAGUCUCAACCAAUUCAGCUUGUGUAUAAUGGUGAAACAAUUAUUCAGCUCAUGAAAGUAUUUCAAACACAAAAAACUGCAACAUUAGCUCAACUUCAGGAUGCGGCUGCUGAAAAACUCAUUGAUAUAAAAGAGCGAUCAAGUACAGGUCUUCAGUAUGCAAUUUCAUCACAUCCGCGUAUGGAAGUCGACAUAAUUUUUGCACCAAGUUACAUUCUUAUCCCUCACGGUGGUAAAUAUACGAAAAAUGAAUCCGUUUUAGUGAUUAGCUUAGGACAAUUGCUGUUAAAAACUGAGCCAAGACCGAUUGAGCAAAAGAGCGUUAAAAGAAUGCACGAACAAGGAAUUAGUUCAGAAGAAAUUCUCAAAGAGUUAAUAUCACAAAGUUAUGACAAAUUUACAUUUGAAAUUCAUAAUAUUCAAUUCUUGAUGGCAAGAAAAAAUGAAGAUUGGGAAGAAGCUAUAAAUAUUGGACAUGGAACGGAAAUGCAUCUUUUAGAACCAACAUUCAUGAAACUUUCAGCACACCUCUCAGUUAUAACAGAUGAUCCGAGACUACCCAAGUGUAAAAUAUCUUGUGAACUUCCAUCGAUAAGCAUUAGCGUGGCUGAAGAUAGGGUCCUCGAUGUUUUAUUAAUUAUUGCUACUCUUCCUUUACCCGAAAGCAAUGAAGAGAUUGUUAUGAAUCCAAUCUCAAAGGAACAGAAUUUUAUAGGAUCGAGUUUAUCGCUUUUAAAAUUUCUUGAUGAAAAACAACAAAAGCUACAGAAACGUUUUGAUCCGCCACCUGAAAAUGUAGAUCUUAUUGAUGGUGUGGUUCAAUUUACCGAAGUCGAAGCAUAUUUUGUUUUGCAUGAAGUGGCAAUAACCAUAUUUAAGGCGAAAAAUCCUAACGAAGAAUGUGAGAGUAGCUCGGAUGAGUUUGAGACUCCAAGUGAAGAAUUUGUUGAUGCAGAUGAUAAGCAGCUUAAUAUAGUAUCACCAUCAUUUAAAAGCAUUGUAAAUUUUGAUACACCAUACUCUACGAUUGCAAAUAGAGAAAAAAUGAUGUGCAUUAAAGUUAAGAAGUUGGAAAUGAAUGCGGCACAAAGAACGUACGAAUUAAAAGUAGAUUUAAAAUUAGGUGCUGUUUCUUUUGAUCAGUUUCGAUUAAAAAACGAAAAAGAAAUAAUGCUUCAAGUGAUCAAUACACCACGAUAUGAUUCCAGUUUCGAGUAUUUGUUUGCUCUUUCUUACAUCAAUUGCAAGAAAACAUCUCCGGAAUUCAAUACAAAGUAUCAUUCGGUUGAACAAAUGAUUGAUAUAAAAAUGUCAACAGUGGUACUGAUAUUAAAUCAAGAUGGAAUUACUGAACUAAUAAAAAUCGCUAAUGAUUUGCAAAACAAGGUUGAUGAGAUCAUGAAUAGUGGAGAAAAACAACCAAAAGAUAGAAUCGGCGAUGCGGGAGCUGGCCAAACUUUGUUUGAGGUGGCUAAAGAAAAAUUGCCUAUGAUUUUGGAAGAAGAUGCUGAUGAAAAAUCGAAAUUUGAUACGAAUGUUUCAAGACAACGCAAAAAAACUAAAAUUGUAGAUAGCAUCAAAAUAAAAGUGCUGGCGAAAAUGGAGGAUGUAACUAUCAAAAUCGGGAAUGAUGUUCGCGAAAUAGCGACAAUGGAGAUUAAAAAUUUAACAUCUGGCGUAACAAUGAAAACUUCCUACACAGAAGUUAUGAUGAAUCUCGAAGAUAUUGUUGUGACUGAUCCGAAUCCAAGAACUAUUCAUAAAAAUAUAUUGUCGAUAAUUGGCGGAGAUGCUCUUAAGCUUCAAUUAGUUUUAUAUAAUUUGGAAGACACUGUCGAAUAUAAUUCUGAUAAUAUGAGAAUUGAUGUCAACAUGGGAUGUGCAAAAAUAAUCUUUAUGAAUUGGUUCAUUUCUUCCGUCCUUAAUUUCUUGGAUCAUUUUCAAACUGCACAAGAAAGAAUAAAAGAAGCAAGUAAAGCUGCAGCCGAAGUUGCAAAACAAACAGCAGUACAGGCUUACGAAAAAGCUACUCGAAUAAAAAUGAAUAUUAAAAUUAAAGCUCCUAUUAUCCUCGUUCCCGUUCAUUCUCAAAGUUUAGAAGCUAUUGUUGUUGACUUGGGAAAUCUCAAAAUUACCAAUGUUAUAAAUAACUUGAACGUAAAAAGUGACUAUGGACCUGCUGUUAUUGAUGAGAUGAAAAUUGAUUUGAGUGAUGUAAAACUAUCCAAAGUUUUAUUGCGUGGAAAUGAAGAUCCUAUUGAUAAUCACUCUAGUACAAUAUCUUCCAGAUUCAAAACCCCAGAUCUUGCAUAUAAUACAGAUCCAAAUGAUUGUGUAUUAAAGCCAACCAGUUUUGCGUUGAUAAUCAAAAGAAAUCUCACUUCAAGUUGGUACAAAGAUCAUCCAGACAUGGAAAUAUCUGGACGUUUGCACACGAUAGAGUUGAAUGUAAUAGCUCAAGAUUACCAAGUUAUUAUGCAAAUUUUGGAGAAAAAUAUGACUGAAGGGCAGAAUGAGUUUAAAAAGCCUAGGAAGACUAAAGCAAUAUCUCCGCCAGAAAUUACAAAAGUUAGUAGCAACGAUGACGACGAAGAAGCAAAGCAACAGUGGCAAAGGACUUCCAAUAAAGUACUGGAAUCGAAGAAACCAUUUGGCAUAGACAUAACUCCAUUGCAAACAUCACCUAGUGAUGAGAAGAAAGUCGUUGAUGUCUCGAUGAAAUUUGCAUUUUCAAUUGAUUCAAUAACAUUAAAUUUAUUUACUGCUCCAAACGAAGGACUUGCUUGUUUUGGACUUUACUACUUGUCUUUAAAUGGGCAACAACUAGCAGAUGGAUCUUUGUCGACAUCAUUAGUACUUUGUGAUAUAAAUCUUGAUGAUAAAAGACCAAAUAGAGAAGGUAAAAUAACAAGAUUUAUGGAAAGGCGUGAAAGAAAUGAGGAUGUGCCGACGACAAGUUCGGAUUCAAAAUCGAUGAUUGAUAUAACGUUUAGAAUGAAGGAAAAUGAAAUGUUUGGCGAUGUAAAAGUCUUCAGUUUUAAUUUGAUUCUUUCUAUGGAUUUUCUAUUGAAACUUUCGUCAUUUUUGCAACCUCAAGAAAGUCUUCUGAACGAAGAAUUACAAGAUGCUAUAAUAGAACAACGGGAACAUGGUUCAACCGCUGCUAUCAGAAGAAGGAAAUCUAGUUUUUCAGGAGCUAACGCAAACCAAAAAGAAGUUGAAAAGAAAGCUGAAUUUGCGAUUUACAUUCAAGAGUAUGAUGUUAUCCUUGUGGAAAAAAUGGAUGACGUUAACUGUCUAGCAUUAAUUUUGAAUAAUGAAAUUUUCGCUAAGGUUAGACUUUACGGAGAGAAGCAAAAUAUUCAAGGAGAAAUAAAGAAUUGUAGUUUGUAUUUGAGUGAUUUCAAUCCUAUAAAACGACAUCGAUCAAAACAUUAUGUUUUACAUCCUUGUUCAAUUUCAUUGAAUGGAUCAACGCCAGAAGAUAAAGGACUUCAUGUGAGUCUUAAUGUGUCAAAAAUAAAGAUUUGUUUUUCUCCAGCCACGAUUGAAUUAGUCAAUAAAAUUAUUGCAACUAUGACUCAACAAGAAGUUUCUCAAGAGCUUAAUGAAGUUGAAGCAAAAGAUUACAGCGAUUUAUGGUUGCCAAAGAAGUUUACAGAUGAUGAAUUUUGGUUUAUUAAAGUAGACGAAGCAGAAGAUGCAAUGAGUCUAUAUUCCGUAUCAACAUUACCUCCACCAAAAGAGGAGAAAUGCAUUGUUGAAGUUCCAUCAAUUUCGAUAAUAAUAGAGAAUGGAGUUGGUGUACAUACAAUUCCUAUGCUUUACAUAGAAACCAGUAUGGAUGCUAAAAUUUUAAAUUGGAGCUCAGAAAUGGAAGUGGAGAGUACUAUGCGCUUAACUAUGUCAUAUUAUAAUAAUGAAGUUGCAUUAUGGGAACCAUUAAUAGAGCCUGUUGAAGUAGAUUCAACUUAUGGUCUUCCUGAAUAUUACCCAUGGGAAUUGCAAUUUAAAAUGAGAGUUGAUAAACAUUUAGAAAGUUCUGAUAAUCAAGAACCGACAACAAUAAUGAGCAUUACAUCUGAUCAAACUCUUGAGCUUUUGGCGACUAAAACAUGCAUUGAUGUGCUGCAAACGCUUGGAAACUCAUUCUCAAAAGCAAUUGACCAAGAAAGAUUAAUAAAUGAUGAAGUUAUAUAUGCACCCUAUGUUCUUCGAAAUAAUACUGGACUCGAAAUUCAGCUAGAAUUAAUUGGAACGGAAUUCAUAUUUCAUGAUUCGAAUUUUAAGCCACACAACAAGAGUGACUUUGUACUCUUUGAAAACUUGCACAUUUUGGAAACUCCAAAUAUUGAGGACAUUUCAUCUUGUGUAAUUUAUUCGUGUGGACAAGUUUAUUUACAACCAAAACAAGAUAACAUAAACUCAUUUUCUCUACUUGACACAACCAUCAAAUCUAUGACUUAUGGUGAAAAAACAGGACAAGAAAAACUCAUUACAUUAUACAUUCCGGAAGUGCAGAAACGUAUUCAAUUACCUAUUCAUAAAGCAGACAAGCGUUAUUUUCCACUUUAUAGAGAUACAAGUCAGGAACAACUAGGAUUGAUAAGCGAAGUUACAAUAGAAAUGGGCUCCACGAUCGUUACAAUUCGAGGCAUCUUGCAGGUUUUCAAUCAUUUUACAAUUCCAAUAAAAUUACAUCAUUUCUCAGGCGAAAAAGUAUCGGAAAUAGGAACAGUAAAACCUGAUGAAUAUUUUAAUAUUCCAAUACAAUAUAUUCAUGAUAGUCAUAAAGAAAUUUAUUUCUCAAUUGCUGGUUAUCGUACUUCCACACAAGGAUUAAGUUGGAAAGAAAGUCCUGGUAAUUCGGAAGCGUUUGUAAAAAGCCUUCAAUGUGAUCCAGUUAACACAUAUGAGCCACUUUAUAUAAAUGCAAUAAGAGAACGAUUUGAUGUAUUUUUUGAAGUGUCAAGUAAAAUUACAAUGCUCAGUGCUUGUUAUUUAAUUCGCUUACGACCACCAUUGAUAUUACGAAAUGCACUUCCAGUUGAUUUAAUUGUAUCUGUAUCUGGCUGUAGUGUAUCUAAAGAACGAGAUAGAAAUUAUAAAGAAUUGUCUAUUGACGAACACAUGACAUCAGCUCAUCAAAACUCUUCAAGCGUUCGAGGAGAAGAUUUCUUAGAUUACGGUGAAAAAAUAAUCAAGCCUGGAGAUUUACUUCAUUUACCGACUGUUAAAACUGCAACGAAAAAUUCCGACAGUUCAAUGUACAUUGUCGCAAGAAUUAUUAAAUAUUUGGAACGUGAUUGGUCUUUGAAAACUGAAAUUCCUGCAGAUCCUGCAGAAUUUAUUGUCUGGUCUUUUAACUCGUACGAUUCAGCUGGAACCACUUCACUUCAACUAGGUAUUCAUUUUGAAAAUUCAAAUAAUGGAUUGACAAUGACAGUUUAUUGUCCAUUUUGGAUGAUAAAUAAAACAGGAUUGAAUCUAAGCUAUAGGUGCUCUUAUAAUAAUUUUUUCGGGUGUUCGGAAGAUGGUUUGUUCAAGAAUUUCGAUUGUUGUUGUUUCUCACGACAGGCGAGCGAUGAAAAUACUAAUAUACUUUAUCAUCCUCCGGAGUACGAUGGACCAAUUUUGUUCUCAUUUCGCGAAAAAGCAUUUUUCGGAAAAAAGAAAGCAUCAAUUCGCGUCGAUUCUGGCGAUUGGAGUGACAGAUUUUCACUGGAUGUGGCAGGAUCAAGUGGCGUUAUAGAUUGCAAGGUGAACGGCAUGAUAUAUCAGAUUGGAGUACAAAAUGUGUUAACAAACAAUUCUCUUACAAAACAAAUUAUUUUUACGCCAUAUUAUGUUUUAAUAAAUCGCGCGCCUUUUGAUAUUGAAGUUCAAGAGGAUAAAAGACCUGCAGAUCCAAGAAUAUUAGUUAAAUCAAACGAUUGUGCACCAUUAUGGCCUCGAUCAGAAGCUGAUAGAAUGUUACGUGUUAAAGCUGUUGACACCGAUGAAAUUACCGCACCAUUCAAGUAUGAUGAUGUUCAAUGUUCCCUUCUUCAGUUGAAAAAUAAAUAUGGUGGAAUAAAUGCAGACGUGCAUGUAACUGAAGGUGUAAUUUACAUAACUUUUACUGAGUAUCAUCUUGGUGAUGCUCCUGGAUUAAUUAUGAAUUUGACGGAUGAAAACAUUACUUUCUUGGAAAAAGGAAAUGUCAAUGGAAGAGUUUUAAAGCCUAACAAUAUGAUUUACUAUACAUGGAAUGAUCCCGCAGGCGAAAGAAAAAUAAUGUGGCACUGUAAAGGCAAAGGAAAUGUCGAAAAUGAUUUAAGACGUGACGGUGUUGAUGAAUUUAUAAUUAAUCGAGAAAGCUCCAGUGAAGAACCAUCAACAUCAAGUGGAAUUAGACAGCAAUCAGUUGAUUCAGAUAUUAUUUAUUGGGUCUCAUUUUUGGAUGGAACGCAACGUGUUUUAUUGUUUACAAAGAACGAAUCAAUUGCAGAAAGCACACAAAGUUCCAGUAGACUAGAUCAAGUAACACGCGAUGUUCAAAUAAAAUUAAGAGGUCUUGGCUUGUCACUUGUGAACAACUUAAAGGGUUGUGAUUUAAUGUACAUUGGAAUUGCUAGUUCAAGUGUAAUAUGGGAGCAAGAAAAGAAUUUAAAUAGUGAACGAUUUAAACAAUUAAAGAUUGAAAUGAAUCAAAUGGUCGAAGAAAGAUAUCAGGAAUAUUUAAGAGAUGUUAUAGUUAAUGCCCACGAGGAUAAAAAAUAUUUUAUCCAUUCAAAUGGAACGAUUGAAGUCGAUUUUCAAAAUAUGAUUUUGCAGAAAAAUACGUCACAAAGAAGAAUUCGUCGCUUAUUUUAUCCAGGCUUUUGGCUUGAUAUGAAAACAUCUCCAUUUCAACUACAACUUCAUGCAAAAAUAAAUCGUAUACAAAUUGACAAUCAAUUAACUGAUUCAAUCUUUCCAAUUAUAUUGGCUCCAAUUCCUCCUCCAAAGAGUGUUGCAGCUACAACCGAAUUGAAGCCUUUCAUUGAAAUGUCCGUUGUUCAACGAAUCAUCCCACAUUCAUCCAUCACACAAUUUAAAUAUAUGAGAGUUUUAAUGCAAGAAUUUCAUGUAAAAGUUGAUCUUGACUUUAUUAAUGCAAUUGUCGAAAUGUUGGCUUUUGAAACUAGCGAAGCUGAAGCCAAGAAAAAGUUUGAGGAAGAUGUAAAUGUGCAAAAACAGCCAUUAUAUGCACACGUAACAGUUCAUUCACAACAGGAACAAAAGAAUUUCUAUGAUAAUCUUCAUUUAGGCCCAAUUAAAGUUCACGUCUCAUUUUCAAUGGGCACUGGUGGCGAUUCUGAUUCCAAAGCUUUGCCUGGAAUAAUUUCAACAUUACUUCAAGGUGUCGGAGUUACUUUAACUGAUGUUAAUGAUGUCGUUUUUCGUCUGGCAUUUUUUGAAAGACAAUUUCAAUUCUUCACACAACGACAACUUAUAUCCGAAUGUACAACUCAUUAUGCAGGACAGGCAGUUAAACAAUUAUAUGUCCUUGUUCUCGGUUUGGAUGUCUUGGGAAAUCCUUUUGGCUUAGUUGUCGGAUUCACUAAGGGAGUUGAAGAUUUAUUCUAUGAACCUUUCCAAGGAUUAAUUCAAGGGCCUGGAGAAUUUGCUGAAGGAUUAGUUUUAGGUGUUCGCUCGUUAUUUGGACACACCGUUGGAGGUGCUGCAGGUGCUGUUUCAAAAAUUACAGGAGCUAUGGGAAAAGGUCUUUCUGCAUUGACAUUUGAUAAAGAUUAUCAAAAGAAAAGAAGAGAUGCGCUUAAUAAGAAACCUGCAAGCAUGCAAGAAGGUUUAGCAAGAGGAGGCAAAGGUCUGGUUAUGGGAGUUUUUGAUGGAGUUACUGGUGUUGUAACAAAACCAAUUAGCGGUGCGCGUUCCGAAGGUGUUCAAGGAUUCUUUAAAGGAUUAGGGAAAGGUGCAGUCGGUUUAGUUGCUCGUCCUGCUACUGGAAUAGUUGAUUUUGCAAGCGGAACUUUUGAUUCAGUCAAAAGAGCAACAGAAUUAUCUGAUGAGGAAAAGAAAUUGCGACCACCAAGAUUUUUACAUUCGGAUGGCAUUAUUCGUCCAUAUAGUAGAUCUGAAGCAGAAGGCUUUAAAAUAUUCAGAGAUGCAGAUAAGGGGAAAUUUGCAGUUUCCGAUCAACUUAUAUACACAGAAGUUGUUGUUGAAAAGGAAGUUUUGCUUGUAACAAAUCAUCGAAUUAUAUAUGUACGAAAAGAUUUGUUUGGAUGGCAAUCAGAUUGGAUCAACAAAUGGGAUGAAAUUAGUACUUUGAGAAGAGUCGAUCAAGGUAUUGAAAUCACUUUGCAACCUCCUAAGCAAAAAUCUACUUUCAGUAAAAUGUUUUCAUCUGGCGACAGACCUAAAAAACUGUUGCUUAUCAAUAAUCCACAGCGAUGCGAAAAAUUAUUGAAAAUAAUGAAAAGCAUUCAAGAAAAAUACAAGAAUUAA